AAAAGGGAAAAUGCAGCCAGCACCGGCUACACCAGGUUCACCAACACGGUCAUCCUGUUGUGAACGAGAACGCGAGAGGGAAGUCCACGAAGAUCGUGGAAGAGAACGAAACAGUACUGGAGGACAAAAUCGAACGACUCCAGAGGAAGAUCACGAAGAAAGAAGUAACGAAAGGACGGUGGUGUCGGGGCAAAAUCUUGGUGCUAUGACUGUUAGCGGAAAUCAGAGAUUACCCCUUUCCUUGACUCUUGAAGACAGAGAUUUGUGGACCAAGUUCCAAUGCUUGACCAAUGAAAUGAUUGUCACGAAGAAUGGAAGACGGAUGUUUCCUGUUGUUAAAGUGGUUGCAAGAGGAUUAGAGCCGAAAGCUAUGUACACUCUUCUUCUUGAAUUCGUCCAGGUGGACCCACACAGAUGGAAAUAUGUUAACGGAGAAUGGGUCCCAGGCGGGAAAGCAGAAGUUGCUCCACCGAAUCCGAUUUACCUCCAUCCAGAGAGUCCAAACUUUGGAUCCCAUUGGAUGAAAGAGGCGGUGUCAUUUGCUAAAGUGAAGCUGACAAACAAAUCCAAUGGAAACGGACAAAUUAUGCUAAACUCGCUGCAUAAAUAUGAACCUCGAGUUCAUCUGGUUCGUGUAGAUGCGGUGGAAGAAAGAACGGUGCUCACUUACCGUUAUCCUGAGACACAAUUCAUAGCGGUGACUGCUUACCAAAACGAAGAAGUCACAAAUUUGAAGAUUAAAUACAAUCCUUUUGCGAAGGCGUUCCUCGAUGCUAAAGAAAGACCUGCUGAUCCGCAAACCUAUCCGCAAUAUACUGGCGCAUGGUUUUUGCCACAACCUACCAUGGGAUAUGAAUAUAAUACAGCUACGGCCAUUGCGGCCGCUCAGAAUCAAGCGACAGUGACGGUCAAUAAUCAUCUCUCUAAUUCUUGUACCGGUUCUACAGCUGGCCACAGGAAUACCUGCAGAUCGACACCUUACACUCUGAGACAUAAAUACAUUCAAGAUGAACAAUGUGCGGAUCCUUACAGUUCAGUACAACUCUUGCAUUCCACAGCAUACGUAGCAGCACCAGGAUGGUCGCCACGCAGUCCAGAAUCGCUGCAAAACUUGAAUCCAGCUUGUUUGCCACCUACGCAAGAAUGGCCUACGUCUCCUUCGCCGUCACCAACUUCAUCUUCACACACAGUGUUUAGUAGAGGUGUUGUUGGAACUGCAUCUCCAACCACUGCUACAGGCUGUACUUUAUAUGUACCAUCAAACCUAUCUUCUGUCCCUCAAGAACACAGUCACUGUACCGACACUUCAGCUUGGAUUCAUCCUACAACUUUAUCAGAACAACAACAACAACAACAACAAUCUUAUUUAAAUUUAAAUUUACAUUUACAUCAUCAGAUGUCAUCUUAUACGUCAGUUCCUCAUACAGGGUUACAUCAUUCUUUACAUCCAAAUGGGACAGAUACCGUUCCCCCUGUUGAAGAGUAUGUCCACGAGUACCAUGCUUCUCCUGUUCAGUCAACGACGCCUGAUCGUCAUUCGCAGCAUCAUCAUUCCCAAAUGUUGCACUUACAACCUAUUCAACAAACUGGAACAGUGUCUCCUGUUAGUGUCGAAUACGAUACCCCUUCGAAAGAACAUCAUAUACCGGUUAGCUAUUCUGAACAAAAUACGGAUGCAUUAAAUGAUGUACAGUCAGAUGAAAAUAGAAGAUAUCUGACAACAGUGAUUGACAGACACCAUCGACAGGACUCGGAUAUUACAAAUAACGAUCACCCAACUACCGCUUGGACACCGUUGACACCACCACCGGCACCACAGACUACAGCAAUUUGA